AUGUGCUACCAUUUGAUCACGUACAUAGAGUACGGCUGUGCUCACCAGUAUCCUACCCGACGCCACUACAUAGACUGCAACGGUGGGAAUUGCAGACGAAGUAAAUACCACAAGCCGAUACCUCAUGACUGCGCCAAUGAAUGUGAUGACAUAAUGCUUCCUGACCAGAGUAUCGUGAUGAACGUGGUGCGAGAGCCUUGUCAUAUUUGUCUCGGGAUCGACCCAUCGUCCACUGGAGACAGUGUGAGGGGGAGGCAGAUCAAUAGCGGACACUCUGGCUCAGAGAGCGAAGCAGAAACCACAGACAGAGGUUCUGAGUGA